GUUAUGUCUGUGGGCGCGCGUUGGCUAUUCCAAUGUCCAGUGUCGUCCUGUUUGUUGCUUCUCGCGUCGAUAAGCGGCGAUAAGACAAAUGCUUAAAGAGAACUGAUGUUUGGGUUGCGCACCAACUAAGUUACGACUUCUGGUGUCGUGCAGUGGACCUGUUGCAGCCUGCGCAUUACGUACCAGGAUGGAUCAGAUGCAGAGUUUCUCUUCUCAUAGAUCUCCAGUUUUUUCAAGAACAGGAUGUGUGUCAUCAAACAAUCCGUUUGCUACUAAGGCUGGCAUAGAUAUUCUUCAGCGUGGUGGUAAUGCUGUGGAUGCCGCGGUUGCUGUGGCUGCAGCAAUGGCUGUUGUGGAACCAAGUAGUACAGGCCUAGGUGGAGAUGCGUUCUGUCUCUAUUACAAUGCAAAUGAGAAGAAAGUCUAUGGACUAAAUGGAAGUGGCCGAUGUGCAGCUGGUCUUACUUUGGAUAUACUAGCAGCAGAGGGCUAUACUGCCCUGAAUCCUCUUCCUGAUCGCCAUGUCCACAAUGUAACAGUUCCAGGGACUGCAGCUGCAUGGAGUGAUGCUGUUAGUCUCUUUGGAUCUGCCCAGCUUACACUGUCUGACUUGCUGGCCCCAGCAAUUAAUCUAGCUGAAAAUGGUUUCCCAGUAACACCUGUUGUUGCUGACUUAUGGAAGAAAAGCGAAUCACUUCUACAAUCACAGCAAUAUGGAAGUGAGCUUCUAUUGAAUGGACAAGCCCCAAGAGUAGCAGAACUCAUGAAAAUACCUACUAUGGCAGAGUCACUAAAGGUUCUUGCACAGGAAGGAAAGACAAGCUUUUAUACAGGUCGUAUAGGACAAGCUAUAGUUGCAGAAGUUCAAAGACUUGGAGGUUACUUAGCACUGGAUGAUCUCAAAGAUCACACAAGUACUGAAGUGCAGCCCAUUUCUGUAGAUUACAAGGAUUACACUGUUUGGGAAAUACCACCUAAUGGGCUUGGUAUCACAACAUUAAUGGCACUGAAUAUUUUAGAAGGUUACGAUAUUCAAGCACUGGGACAAGGCUCAGCUGAUUACUUUCACCUUCUUAUAGAAAGCUUAAAGCUCAGUUUUGCUGAUAGCUUAUACUAUGUGGCUGACCCUGACAUUUUAUCAGUACCAACUUCAGGCCUUCUACAGAAAUCAUAUGCUGCAGAGAGAAGGAAGCUUAUUUCCAUGGAUACGGCAAGUGAUUACCCUGUCCAUGGGGAUCCAGAUAUAAAACAGAUGUCAGAUACUGUUUACAUGACAGUCACAGAUGCUGAAGGAAAUGCAUGUAGUUUUAUCAAUAGCAAUUACAUGAGCUUUGGAACUGGAAUUGUUCCUGAAGGAUGUGGAUUUGCUCUACAGAAUCGUGGAGCCUUAUUUACUUUAGAUCCAACAAAAAACAAUGUUCUUGCUCCAAAGAAGCGCCCACAACACACAAUUAUACCAAGCAUGGUAACAAAUGCUGAGACUGGAGAGCUUUUGGCUACGUAUGGCACAAUGGGUGGAUUCAUGCAACCUCAGGCCCAAGUCCAGGUGCUACUCAACAUGGUAGAAUUUGGAAUGGAUCCACAGCAAGCCUUGGAUUACCCAAGAUUUUUUGUGGAUGUCAGUACAAGUCAGCCCUGGACAGUGUCACUGGAAUCUGGAAUACAAAGUGAGGUCUCUCAGCAAUUGGUCCAGAAAGGGCACAAAAUAACUUGGCCAGUAACAGGCUUCGAUCGACGAAUAUUUGGACGUGGUCAUGUAAUAACCCGUGGUGCUUGGUUUGCUGGCACAAGUACAGAUGUGUACACAGGUGCUGAUGUAUGGUGGGCUGCUGCUGAUCCACGUUGUGAUGGCUACCCACAAACAUAUUGAUUUCACAUGCGCGCACAAGCACACUCACACACAAAGUGUUAAUUGAUGUGGUAGUGCUGUAAAUGCUGUGCAGGAUGAAACAACAUACAAUUUAUUAUUGAUACUGACAAAGGAACUAAUUCAGUUUACUGCACAACAAUAAAAAAAGAAGACAUUUCCUUUUAAAAUUAUAUCUGUGAGACAUUUGAAUUGCUUCCUUUCCUUACUAAUGUAACGUUUUACUAUUUUCUUUCAAUUUUAUUUUGUAAACAGCAAAAAACUCAAGAAAAAUUCUGUUGCUCAUGUUUUACAAACAGUUUGUCUAAAGCAAUGAGGACAUGUAUGGAAGACUAAAACAACAAUAUGAUCUAUGUGAAGACUGAAUAUGGUUUUUCGGUCAGAAAUAGGUGCAGAAUGCACUAUAUGCAAUUUUAUAGUUCAUCUUCACAUAUGUGGAGUAAACAUUGUUUUCCUAUAAAUAGUUAUUGUAUUUGUAAUAUGCAGCUGAUAAUGAAACAACUCUGUGUCUAAGGUAUUCAGAUUUUUCAUGUGAGUUGGUAAUGUAAUAAAAACAAAACACAUCCACUUUUAGGCUGAUGUUCCUAAACAGACAAAUGCUUCUCCAUCGUCAAAUUAGGACUCUAGAAUGCAAUAGAGGUUGCAUUAUAGCAUGAUGAAGGCAUUUCUCUGUAACUGCAUAAGAAAACAAUAAAACAUUAGCAUUUCAAGCAUAGAAGUUUCUCAAGUUUGAAUGCACGAAUUCUGUUAGUCGACUGUUAUGCAUUACUACAAUAGCCUCUCUUUGGGUGUUUUAACAUUGGCAGCAUUGACGGAGCAAAUAUGAGUUUAAAUAAAGUAAUGUGAGGAUCUUGAUAAACAUUUCACACUAAGGCAAUAAACUGAUUGAUAAUA